AUGACAUUAUUGCUUUCCGCUACUUUGGUGCUCCUUUCCGCAGGCCGAACACUUGCCCAAGAUACAGACGAUAUCCUCCAAUAUGUCGACCCAUUGAUUGGCUCAAGCAACGGCGGAAAUGUCUUUCCCGGAGCCUCACUUCCAUACGGGAUGGCCAAGGCCGUGGCCGACACGAACAGCAGUUCAAACCAAGGUGGCUUCACUCUGGAUGGCGCCCCGAUUACUGGCUUCAGCAUGAUGCAUGAUAGUGGUACCGGUGGUAGUCCAUCUUUGGGCAACUUUGCCUUGUUCCCCUAUACUAGCUGCCCCGGAGGAGACAUCAACCGGUGCGCGUUUCCUAAGAAGACGAGAGCCAACUUUGGCGGUUUCGACGAAUCCAGCGUCUCUGCCAGCCCUGGGACAUUCGGAAUCACACUGAACAGCGGCAUCCGGGCAGACAUGACAGUCACCCAACAUACCGCUCUGUUCAGAUUUACGUUUCCUGAAAAUAGUACCAUGGGUGAAGCCGCGCAACCACUCAUCUUACAGGAUCUGACUGAUCUGUCAAACUCGAGGCAGGACAAUGGAACAGUAUCAGUCAAUGAGAAAACGGGCCGCAUCACGGGGAGUGCUCGUUUUUUGCCCAGCUUCGCUCAAGGGAACUACGUCCUUUACUUCUGUACUGACUUCUCCGGUGCCGAGAUCUUGGAUAAUGGUAUCUUUGCGGACAGCAGAGCCAGCACAUCCGUGAAGAACAUGACUAUCUCCAGAUCCAUCAAUGGCUAUCCUCUUCCGGGCGGUGCAUUCGUGAGGUUUAAAUCUGGAGCCAAGCCGAUUCUGGCAAGAACCGCCACGAGUUUCACCAGUGUCGAACAAGCGUGCAGACACGCCGAGUCUGAGAUUCCCGACUUUGACUUUGAUCGGAUAUCACGAGCAGCAACAGAGCAAUGGCAGGCCAAGAUGGGCGGAAUAAGGGUAUCGACAAAGGGCGUGGAUAAAUCCUUGAUCACCAACUUUUACAGCGGUAUCUACCGCACUCAUAUCAAUCCACAAAACUACACCGGAGAAAAUCCGCUGUGGUCCAGUGACGAGCCAUACUUUGAUUCGUUCUACUGCAUAUGGGAUCUGUUCCGUUCCCAGCUCCCGUUUCUCACCAUUACGGACCCAACGGCAGUCACUCAGAUGAUCCGCUCCCUCAUUGACACGUAUCGGCACGUGGGGUGGCUUCCCGACUGCAGAAUGAGUCUCAAUAAAGGCUACACACAGGGUGGUUCAAAUGCCGAUGUGGUACUGGCAGAUGCAUACAUCAAAGGUCUUGAAGGAGGAAUCAAUUGGGAGGAUGGCUACGCUGCUGUUGUCAAAGACGCCGAGGUUGAGCCAUUCGACUGGUGCUGCCAGGGACGCGGUGGCCUCGACAGCUGGCAUACCCUCGGUUAUAUCCCCGUCCAAGAUUUUGAUUGGAAAGGCUUCGGCACCUUGACACGAUCUAUCUCCCGUACGCUCGAAUACGCCUACAACGACUUCUGCAUCGCCGAAAUGGCCAAGGCCUCUGGCAGGACAACCGAUCAGGAGAAGUACACCCUUUCGAGCGGUAACUGGCGCAACCUCUACAAAGAAGAUCAGACUUCCUUCUGGUGGAACGGCACCGACACUGGCUUCACGGGAUUUUUCGAACCUCGAUAUCUCAACGGCACCUGGGGUUAUCAGAACCCUCUAAACUGCUCCAACCACGACGACUUCAGCGUCUGCUCUCUGCAAAACAACGGCCCCGAGACAUUCGAGUCCUCCAUCUGGGAAUAUGGCUUCUACGUGCCCCACGACCAAGCAACGCUGAUCAGUCUCUACGGAGGUCCAGACCGCUUCGUGGACCGCCUGAACUACCUCCACGACCAAAACAUUACGUACAUCGGCAACGAGCCGUCCUUCCUCACGGUGUUUCAGUACCAUUACGCCGGACGACCGGCUCUCUCCGCCAAGCGUGCGCAUUAUUACAUUCCCGAGUUCUUCGGCACCACUCCCGAUGGUCUGCCGGGCAACGACGACAGCGGCGCCAUGGGCUCGUUUGUGGCCUUUACCAUGAUGGGUCUUUUUCCCAAUCCGGGGCAGAACGUGUACCUGAUCACUCCGCCGUUCUUUAAGUCGGUGAAUAUUACGAAUCCGUUGACGGGCAAGAUUGCGAGGAUCAGAAAUGUCAACUUUGAUCCCAGUUAUAAGAAUAUUUACAUUCAGAAUGCCACGCUUGAUGGGGUCAAGCAUAGCAAGAACUGGAUCGACCAUAGCUUUUUCACGGAAGGAAAGGAGCUGGUCUUGACGCUUGGUGAUAAAGAGAGUGAUUGGGGUACGAAAGUGGCCGAUCUUCCUCCGAGCUUGGGCGAGUAUAAAGGGUAUGGAAACUCAUCGUCUUCUGCUGGAUAUGGAUCAUGGAAUGAUACCGCCGGUAGUAGCGCCAAACGGAUCAGGAGUUGGUUGAGGGGGGAUUUGGAAAGCUUGUGAUAGUUUCUUUUUUUCUCUUUUGUCAGUAUCGUUAGCGACUACAGGUUUUCUUUCGUGAAGCAUUUAAUUACCAUCACUAAUACCC